AUGAACCCUAAUAGAAUUGUGAGGCUGUUAAUCCUUUUGAAGCAGCCCGUCUUCCUCUACCUCUGCACUCUCUAUCCCUUUCCAUUUGGAAGCCCUAACCGCGACCACCAGCAUCGAACCCCAUCAUCUCUAAGAGUUCGGAGUGCAUCUGAUGAAAUCGACAGUUGUACUGACUCCGUAAUCGGCGACGACUACCGCUGCUUCUUUCGCUCGUACUCCGACCGCCACCAGCUUCUCUUUCCGGUUGUUGGCUUCCAUAAAGGCAACAACAUGCUUGUCAUCGCCGGAUUUAUUCUUUGCUCUACCCGGUUUCCCCUCGCAUCACACACUUUCUUUCCCGCUUCCAACCCACUUUCCUUGAGACAAACCCACCUCCGCCCACCAUCGCUAGCACACCACCGUCGACACUCCCCAAUCAAAAUUGUGACUGAAAAGUCUUUAUCUACCCCUCACUUAAAUCUCUCUAACAUAGCAUACCAUGAAUUUAGCCAUUGCCUCUUUUGUGGUGGACUUUAUGGUUCAGAGCCUCCAGCUUUUCAAAGGGCAGAAAUGGAAAGAUUAGCUAAUCAAUCUGUUGAUGAAAAUGAUAAAGGCUUCUUAACAGAGGCCCAAUGUGCUUCUCCUAGGCUUGGAAAAGUGGAGAAUGUUGGAGACACUCAAGAGACUUCUGAAAGCCAAAAAGACUAUCCUGCCCCUGCUUCUAUUGAUGAAACAGAUACCCUUUCUGAUAUUGAUGAUUCUGAGGUUCACCCUGGUUCUAUAUUAGUUGAAGGUACAUUAGGAAAUUUCAGGCUGUGUGAUUGUUCACUAGGUACGGAUCAUGUUUGGGGAUGGAUUUUUGAUAUACGUAAUCAAGGAGCUGAAUCUCUUAUCCAGUCCUACAGUCCUGAAGAUGAUCACUAUGAAGGAUAUAACUUUAGCUUGAGUGGCAAACUUUCUUCCAUUCGUAUUCAAGAGCUCCUUACAUAUCUUGUGGCACUGGCGCCUCCAGUUUCAGAAGAAGCGAUCAAGUUUGUUGAUAAAGUUGGAGGGUUUGAAUGGUUGAUUAAGAAGUAUGAGAUGGAUGGAGCUGCUGCAAGGAAGUUGGACCUCUCUUUAGAGACUCCAAUAAUAGUGGUACCACGGGAUUCCAAUGGCACAGAAUUAGUAGUUCUUCCAUUCCAACUGCAGUUUGUUCAUAAUCAUAUCAUAUGUCUUGUGACUUGUGAAAAUGGGUUAUCAUUGUUUCUUUCAUGGAUGCAGUUUCUUGGAAGUGAAGGCUCAUUGCAUAUCGUGGUGUCUGACAAAGAUUAUGGUAUUAUUACCAACUGUCUUGCCAUGAAUUUGGGUGAACAACCUGAUUAUUUGAAGAUGAUGUGGCUUAGGAUUGACUUUCUUCGUUCUUUUCUUGAAUUGGGAUACAACUUUCUCUUCACGGUUCUUUCUGAAGCUAAGAAAAUAACUGAGUCACGUAUGGCUGCAAAGGCUGCUAAAGAUGCAGAGUUGGCUAUCACAUCAAAUACUAGUCCAGAAGGCGUGGAGAAAACGGGUGCUCCUAAAUUCCCUACUAAAGCUGUUUGUGCAGAGAGCAUAUGGAAUUGCGAAAGGAGAUACUGA